GGAGUCUGUGGUGACUAGGCUGGUGGGAUCGAGUACAGUUGCUUUAGGCUGAGGUGGCAGAUAGUGAACGCCAGUGGCGGAGGCAAAGUCAGAGCAGAAUUGUAAUGAUGAAUAGCGCAGCGGGAUUCCCACACCUAGACCGUCGCGAGCGGGUUCUCAAGUUAGGCGAGAGUUUCGAGAAGCAGCCGCGCUGCGCCUUCCACACUGUGCGCUAUGACUUCAAACCUGCUUCUAUUGACACUUCUUGUGAAGGAUACCUUGAGGUGGGUGAAGGUGAACAGGUGACCAUAACUCUGCCAAAUAUAGAAGGUUCAACUCCACCAGUAACUGUUUUCAAAGGUUCAAAAAAACCUUACUUAAAAGAAUGCAUUUUGAUUAUUAACCAUGAUACUGGAGAAUGUCGACUAGAAAAACUCAGCAGCAACAUCACUGUAAAAAAAACAAGAGUUGAAGGAAGCAGUAAAAUUCAGUAUCGCAAAGAACAGCAACAACAAAUGUGGAAUUCAGCCAGGACUCCCAAUCUUGUAAAACAUUCUCCGUCUGAAGAUAAGAUGUCCCCAGCAUCUCCAAUAGAUGAUAUUGAAAGAGAACUGAAGGCAGAAGCUAGUCUAAUGGACCAGAUGAGUAGUUGUGAUAGUUCAUCAGAUUCCAAAAGUUCACCAUCUUCAAGUAGUGAGGAUAGUUCUAGUGACUCAGAAGAUGAAGAAUGCAAAUCCUCUACUUCUGACACAGAGAAUUGUGUCUCAGGACAUCCUACCAUGACACAUUACAGGAUUCCUGAUAUAGAUGCCAGUCAUAAUAGAUUUCAAGACAAUAGUGGCCUUCUGAUGAAUACUUUAAGAAAUGAUUUGCAGCUGAGUGAAUCAGGAAGUGACAGUGAUGACUGAAGAAAUAUUUAGCCAUAAAUAAAAAUUUACACAGCAGACUGGAGUAGAGCUGGGGGCUCCUACCUCAGCUUCCCAUGGGUGAGACUGUAGGCAUGCACCACCAUGCCAAGGUAAUUAUCUGGGGGGAGAGGAGUAGAGAUGGGGUCUUGACGUGUUGCCCAGGCUGGUCUCAAGGUCCUGGUGUCAAGCAGUCUUCCUGGCUUGGCUUCCCAAAGUGCCAGGAUUAUAGGUUUGAGCCACUGAGCUUAGUCUGAUGUUAUAUUUUUAACCUCUUGCAGGUUAGGUAACUUGUUCCACAUAGUAUUAGUUAAGUGGCAGAUCAGGUGUUUUAGAGUCUAAGUUCAGUGUUCUGUUUUACCAAAUUGCUGUCUCCAGUUGUCAAAUAGCAAAACUAUUGAUUUCUAAUAAAUGUCCAUGGUUUUAUGGUUUUAAUUUUAUAAUUUUAUAUCUCCAAGCUUUUUUUUUUUGAGAUAAGGUCUUACUCUGUUGCUCAAACUGAAGUACAGUGGUGUGAUCAUAGCUCAGUGCAGCCUCAAGCUCCUUGGUCUCAAGUGAUCCUCCUGGCUCCGGAGUGGCUAUGGCUAGGCACCCCACCAUGCCCAGCUAAUUUCAUUUUUUUUACUUUUUAUUUUUUUUAGUAGAGACAGGACAGGGUCGUAAAGCUUUCAUCUCAGCCUUCAUGUCUGAGCCUUUUCUAUCUGAUAUUCCUUAAAUUAUGGCUCAAAAUAAUUUUUGAUAAAAUUAAGCUAUAAUUUAGGAGACAUAUUAAGUUAAAUAAUUAUAUAAUGUAACAACUGUUCUGUUAUCUCUUGCAAUAUUUUUCAUCAGUUUAUUUUGCUUUUGAGAGAAAUAAGCAAUUAAGGGUUAAGGGGAUAAAUAAUAUUUAUAUUUAUAAUAAAAUAUCUUUUAAUUCGCAGAAUGAUAGAUGUAGGAAUGAUAGAAAGCCACUGACCAGUAGGUUCUUUUUUUUCUUUUGAGGCUCCAUUGUUAGAACAUUUCUUUAUAUAUAUAUAAAGCCUUAUAUAUCUAUAUUUAUAUAUUAUACAUAUAACUUUAUAUACAUAUUUAUAUAUAUCAUAUAUAUUUAUAUAUUUUUAUUUUUAUGUCUCUAUAAAAUAUAAAGUAAUUAUAUAUAUAAACUGGUAUAAAAUAUAAUUUUACAUAUAUAAAACUUUAUGUUUUACAGCAGUUUUAGGUUCAUAGCAAACUUGAGAAGUUCCUAUUUCUUCUCUCCCCAUUAUCAAUAUCCCACACCAGAGUGGCAUGUUUGUUAAAAUAGAUGGACCUACAUUGAUAGAUCAUUAUUACACAAAGCCCAUAGUUUACAUUAGGAUUCAGUCUUGAUGUACAUUCUAUGGAUUUUUGACAAAUGUGUAAUAAUAUGUAUCUAUAUUUUAGUAACAUUUAGAAUAGUAUCACUACCCUAAAAAUCCUGUGCUCUAUUUAUCCCUCCCUUUCCUCUUCCCCCCAGCAAUUACUAAUCUUAUUGUCCCCAUAGUUUAUUUUCCAGAAUGUGAUGUAGUUGGAAUUAUACAGAAUAUAGCCUUUUCAGGUUAGUUUCUUUCACUUAAUAAUAUGCAUUUAGGUUUCAUGCAUAUUUCAUUAUGUCUUCAUGGUUUGAUAGCUCAUUUUUUUAAAGGUUGAAUACUAUUCUAUUGUUUGAAUGUACUACAGUUUAUUUAUCAACGCAACUACUGAAGGACAUCUUGAUUGCUCCCAAGUUUCAUCAAUUAUGAAAAAUUUUUAAAUUCAACUUCACUUUCUUACCUUUGGAAUUUUUUUUUAAUUUAUAAAUUUUUAUUUUAAUCUUGCUUUUUCCUUUUCUCUUUCUAGCCUAAUUUUAGUUAAACUGUCUUUACUUUUAUUUCUAUUUUAUUUAUCAAUUCUUAGCUAAGACAACUAUGUUAUUUAUUACUUAACUAAAGCAAGCUCAUAAUUCAAAGUGGCUAGUGAAACAUGCUUAUCAUUUAAUAUAGUAAUCAUAAUGGUUUUUACUGAAAGUUGUUAUGCUGACUUUUCUUUUUGUUGUUAACACUACCAGAAAUGAGUACAUGAUGAUAUGAGCUGAUAAAGCUGGCUAUAUAACAUGCAUUAUGUUUUCAAAAUUACAGCAAGCUAAACAAUAUAUAUUCAGUACAUCAUUCCCCCUCCUUAUUAUUUCCCUCAUAAGUGAAACAUUCUUAAAGACCCUUUUUAAUAGAUUGAAUACCUAGUAUAUCAUUCUUUAUACCACUCAAGGGUAUAUAUAAGUACCUCAGAGAGAGGAAUGAAAUCCUAUCUCCUGUGUUUUUGUAUCUUCUUAUUUGAUGUGUUUUCAGAUACGAAAAUGUAGGGAGCUAGUCAGUUAGAUAAGUUAUCAGAUAAAAGGUUCUCCGCCAGAAACAACUGAUGAUCCUGACAUGAUUCUAAACAUAUGUGCUUUUAAUUUGAUCUGGCCUGAAACUGAUGGUAAUGUAAGCAUGCAAGCAGAAAAAGUAAGUUGCCUACAGAACAAAAAUCAAAGGACUCUGAAUUAUUCUAUAACACUAAACUCUAAAGGUAAUAAAGCUGCAUCUGUGCAAGCAUAUUAAUGUGACCUAUGAAUUGUAUAUUCAUCAGAUGUCAUCCAUAGCUUGUUAAGAAGGUAUUCUUAGACAUAUGAUAAUUCAGGAAUUCUAUCAUUCAAUUAUCAUUUCUAUAAUAAUUGUUUUAGUAAUUUCUAAUUUAUCAAGAGAUGAAUCAAAAGAGCUCAAGAAUAAACAAAAGUGUAAUAAAAAUAUAUUAUAAAAAGAUUGAUAACUAUCUAAUAUUUUCAGGACUGGCACCUUCUCUGUCUCCUAAAGGAAACUCACUCAAUUUGAAGGUGUUGUUGACACUCAUGCCCAGAACAUUUUAAGUAAAAGUGACUUCUGGGAUGCUGACUAGGGAGGGAAGGCCAAGAGCUUAUUGGCCCUACUACCCUGAAGCUGCAAUCCUAGUUGGGGGAAUCAUGUUUCAGGCUGACACUGGGUACAUGUGCAACAGAAACCAGAGAUGGCCCAAGCUAUUCACACACUCCUGACCAACCCUGAGGCAUGUGCAUAGUAUAUUCAAAAGGGCCUGGUGAAAAAUAAAACUUGGGAAGACUCGAAAAUAACAUGUUCUUUGAAUGUAUUCCCUUACACAUACAGAUCUGUUAGCAAAGGACAAAGUCUUGUUGGCCCAAAGUCUUUGGAAACAGUAUCUUUCCAGUCUUUGGCCACUCAGAGUACCACUUUGUAGAACAGUGACCUUGAGGGAGGAGGGUUUGACUGGGAGGCUGAAGGGAGGCAGUGGUAUUACCGCUAAAGGACUUUUGGCAUUGAGAUGCUAGAAAUUGUUUUUAACCUUAUCUGGGUAGUGCUUGUGUAAGUUACACACAUACAAAAUUUAACAGAGCCGUACACUUAAGAUUUGUUCAUUUUACUUCGUUACAUUUAAUUUUAAAAGUCCAUAAAUAAAAUAAAAUGGAAAAAUAUUGCAAUUUUUUAGGAUGGCAGAACAUAAAUAUCAAUAAUGUUUAAAUUGAUCUUAUACAUUUACAAGAAGGGGACAAACAACUCUAGAAAAAUGGGCAAAGAAAAUGAAUAGGCAGGUCCAAAAAUUAUAAAAGCAUAUAUUUUGGCUCAGCAGUCUCACUUCUGGAAAUUUACCCUACAGAUAUAUUUAACUUAUGUGCAAUGUUAUUAUUGCAGCAUUACUUACAAUAGAAAAAGACCGUGAACCCUGAAAAUUUGAGACAGGUCUCAGUUAAUUAAUUAAUUAACUAAUUAAUUAAUUAUUUUGAGACAAAGUUUUGCUCUUGUCGCCCAGGCUGGAGUGCAAUGGCAGGAUCUUGGCUCACCCCAAUCUCUGCCUCCCAGGUUCAAAUGAUUGUCCUGCCUCAGCCUCCUGAAUAGCUGGGAUUACAGGCACCUGCCACCACACCUAACUAAAUUUUUUGUAAUUUUAUUAGAGACGGGGUUUCACCAUGUUGGUCAAACUGGUCUCAAACUCCUGACCUCAAGUGAUCUGCCUGCUUCAGCCUUCCAAAGUGCUGAGAUUACAGGCCCAACAGUCGCAGUUAAUUUAGAAAGCUUAUUUUACCAGCCGGGCGCCGUGGCUCAAGCCUGUAAUCCCAGCACUUUGGGAGGCCACGGCGGGUGGAUCACGAGGUCAAGAGAUCAAGACCAUCCUGGUCAACAUGGUGAAACCCCGUCUCUACUAAAAAUACAAAAAAAAAAAAAAAAUUAGGUGGGCAUGGUGGCGCAUGUCUGUAAUCCCAGCUACUCAGGAGGCUGAGGCAGGAGAAUUGCCUGAACCCAGGAGGCGGAAGUUGUGGUGAGCCGAGAUCGCGCUAUUGCACUCCAGCCUGGGUAACAAGAGCAAAACUCCGUCUCAAAAAAAAAAAAAAAAAAGAAAGCUUAUUUUACCAAGGCUGAGGACGAACCUGUGA